AUGGCCGAACUACACGAAGCCCUCAAGAAUCUCUCGCCGAUUUCGUGGUCUGACAUACCGACUUCCGAAGAUGAAUUGAAGACGUACUUGAGGACUGCCUUCACGGCUGGCGAGGUCAUUUGCAAUUCCAUACCACCGCCAUCAGAGGGCACGCCCUUUUUGGAUGCCACACCGCACCACACCACGCCGAACUCUGCCAACUCGGCUGUCGAGAUACAUCCCAGCACAGCUCGUGCACCGCUCUCACAUCCUUCUCAUGCCGCACUACAAUCAUAUUGGGGAAAGCCGCUCAAAUCCUCGCCGAAAGAGAACCCUCAUGCAGUCAAUAUCUACAAGGUGUCAAGUAAAGAUCGUCAUGGCUCAUGGUUUGCUCGAAGGAGUGUGCAUGAGGGAAUUGGUUUCAACAAAAUGCGGGCAGCGAUGAAAGCAGAAUUCGAUGCAAGCCUUGCAGCAGAAAGUGACAAACCUGGAGCAGGAGCGAUCCGCGGCCUUGCGGCGGAUGAAAAAUUGGACACACGCGAGAUCACAGGUGCUGGAACCUUUCAGGCUUGGUUGUUGAGUGCUCAGUUUCCUGGUCCGGUCGCUGCUAGAGACUUCGUGGCGGCUGUGUGCACGGGUAGCGAAGCUUUAGGAAUGGAGUUCAGCGGGACAAAGGCUGCUGGUAGCGAGGGGAUGGCGGAAGACAAGGAGGAGCCGGUCGUGCCAAGACACUUCAUGAUCGUCUCAAGACCUCUACAAGAGCACCCCGAGGCUGGAGCGAGAUCAGGAUAUGUUCGUGCUCAGUAUGAGUCGGUCGAGAUGAUUCGGGAGAUCCCACUGAGCCGGGCUGGUAGAGCGCAACUCCGAGCUCGAGCGGUAGGAGGCACCAGCGACGAUUCAUCAUCAAAAGACAAUUCGGACGCGAAGCACAAAGACAGCAAGGAUGUCGGAAAAGAUGCGGAACCAUCUUCCUCGGCAAGCGCUGACAAGACUACUGAAAUUGCAGACGUCGACCCUGAACUUAAUCCUGUGGAAUGGCUCAUGGUAUCUCGAUCCGAUCCAGGCGGAGGCAUUCCUAGAUUCCUGGUGGACCGUGGCACACCGGAGACCAUGCUGGCAGAUGUAGGCAAAUUUUUGGACUGGGCAUGUAAAUGGAAGGUGGAGGGAGACAGUGAGGGUGAAGUCAUCCCACCGGCACCCAGACCCAGCACAAAUGUUUCGAGCAUAACAGAAGGUGAAGCAAAGAUACAGGCCCCACGAUCUGCCACUGAGCCAGUACCGACUCAAGGAGGUGGCAUACUCUCAAGUCUGACGAAUGCGAUCGAAAACAGCGUCGAAGCAUACGCCCCGAGAUCCGUCUCGUCACUUCUGCACUCCCGCCUUCAUGGUGCUUCGUCCUCGGACGAUGAAUCCGACACCUCUUCCUUGUCCAUCUCAGAUACAGCAUCUUUCAUGUCAGCAUCAUCCGGACAACUCCACCGUGAAGAUCCGCUCGUCCUCAAUGAUCACGCCAACUCCUCCACAUCCUCCCUUAGCGCUGCCGGGAAGGAAAAGCUCGAGAAACAUGAGAAAGAGCUUCAGAAGCUCUUACACAAGCGAGAAAGGCUCAACGCAGAACAUGCCAAGCAUCGCGCAGCGGAAGAAGCCAAACUUCGCCGUCUGCAAGCUUCCGCUUCGGAAGAAGCAGCAAAACGGAGUGCACGCAGGGAGAGAGAAAUGGAGAAGGCCAGCGAGAAACACCGAAAAGCCGUGGAAAAGUUGGAGGCAAGAGGUCGCAAGGAGAGAAGGAGAAUGGAAAACAAGGAAGCGAAGCAGAGGGAGAAAGAAGAGAAGAAACUGGAAGAGGAGGAAGAGGAGGAAAGGAAAAAGAAUGAAAGGCUUAACGGCGAAGGCUUAACAGCUCAAGAGGUUCGUGAUCUUCGAGAGAGAUUACUCCAAGCUGAGAAUUGGCGCAAGAUCGUUGAGGCACGCAUCGCGAGAGCUGUGGAAGCAGGCGGUGAUGAUGAGAAGGGAAGUUCCCGGUCUCGAAUCUCAGCCAUCCUCGAGGGCGUCGACGCGGAGGUUUCGGACGAGAUUCAGCGGACGAGAAUCACCGCACCUUCGACAACAACUCUUCCUCCAAUGUCGCCGCCUUAA